AGGAUUUUCGACUCGCGGCGCGGCCACUUUGGCACUUUGCUUAUUGCAUUAACCCGGAUUUGAAGCCUGCUUGUCGUCGAUCGAGCUUGCAACAAGACGAAAAUCCGACUUUACUCUUUCUCGAGCUCUGACUGCACCGAGAAUUAUUAACUGUUCCACGAUCUCGAAACUACGAUGGAAGGCGAAAACAUUUUCCUCUUUGUACCCAACAUCAUUGGGUAUGCCCGAGUGAUCUUGGCUUUGAUAUCGUUCUAUUUCAUGCCAACCAACUAUGUUUUGGCCUCCUGGUGUUACGUGACGUCCGCUCUUCUGGACGCCUUCGAUGGACAUGCCGCAAGAAUGUAUAACCAGAGCACCAAAUUCGGCGCCAUGCUGGACCAGCUGACCGACCGAUGCGGAACAAUGUGUCUGAUGGUGACCCUAUGCCUGUUUUACCCACAAUACACAUUCCUCUUCCAGUUGAGCAUGACUAUUGACAUCGCCUGCCACUGGAUCCACCUGCACACCACCCUGAUGCAAGGAAAGACCAGCCACAAGUUUGUUGAUCUGUCUGGAAAUCCGAUCAUGCGUAUCUACUACACCUCCAGGACCGUCCUUUUCUGCAUGUGCGCCGGAAACGAAUUAUUCUACGCUUCCUUGUACCUCCUGCACUUCACGCCUGGUCCAAUUGUCGCUGGCGUCGGGCUUUUCAAGCUGCUGAGCGUGGUGACCUUCCCUGUUGCUGUGGUGAAGGCGCUGAUCGCCCUUCUGCAGGGCUACAUCGCCUGCAUCAACCUUGGCACGAUCGACGUCAACGAACGAGAGGAAGCGCGCAAAGUCAAGGCCAACUAAGCUUAAAAAAUCUCAAAAUCUCCGUAAGGAGCACUCCUCAUUUUGAAAGUCCUGGUUGGAAAUAACGUACUUCUCGAUUUUACAUAUUUGUUAGUUUUAGUUACAUGUUGUGCUUAGCAAAAGAGGGUUGGAGCUAAAGAUGUGUGUGCCAAAGAUUAAUGUUAUAUAUUACGUGCAUGGAAGACUAAAGUGAAUGGAGGGAUGUCAAUGUUGUUACCAACAUUAAUGUUAAAUCGUGAGCUUACCGCUCUAUUGAGUUGGACAGAAUUCAACUGUCGAUUGUUGUUGUUUUUUCAGCUUUGCUUUGGACCUUUUCAACUUGUCAAUGUCAAUUCAAAGUCACAAUGAGACUAAAAACAGCUCAUACGUUCCAAUCAAAACUCUCCUUAAAUUUUAGUAAUUUAAACUUGCAACAUUCUCCUUUGGAUUGCAACGCACCCCUGCUCCCGGUCUGGAAAAUUCCAUCUGCAUUUAAUGUGCUGAGAUGUAUAAUGUAUUUAUGUAAUAGCUGCCUUGGAUCACACUCACUCACUAGGACUAUGAAUAAUUGCACAGACUUCGUUAUUUGCGAAUGAGAUCAAUUUCAAGACCUCACACAAUAAAUCCUGUUUCCUGAAAAA